ACGGCAUGGCGUCGUCCAAGUCGUGUGUCAUCGUUGAUUACAGAUCUGGCAAGAUGAAUAAGCGUCGUAGAACUUCAUCUGUUGCAAGUCGUGGCACAGAGGAUGAUGGAGAAGACUUACCGCCUGAACCAACAAAAAGGCGAAAAAAAUUGGAUCCUAGUGACUUGUGCCAACAAUUGUAUGAUGUUCUUCGUAAUCAAAAGAAAGAAGAUGGAACGUUAUUAUGUGAUGCAUUUAUACGUGUGCCUAAACGUAGACAAGAACCAGGUUAUUAUGAAGUAGUAUCAAAUCCAAUAGAUCUCCUGAAAGUUCAACAAAAAUUAAAAACCGAUGAAUAUCGUGAUAUGGAUGAUUUGGCUGCAGAUAUUCAACUCAUGGUCAACAAUGCCAAAGCUUUUUAUAUGCGUACAUCUCCAGAGUACAAAGAUGCCACUGAACUUUGGGAACUAUGUACGAACACCAAAAAUCGUAUUAUGGAAGAAUAUGAAGAUCCAGAGCCUAAAGGGAAAUUAAUAUUAAAAGUUGGUAGAUUGGCACGUAAAGCUACCUUAAAGCAAGACGACGCAGAAGAUACCUCUGAAAGUUCUACAAAUCCUGAUGAAGAAACUAUGCAACAAUUUGAAGAUUUAUUUGCAGCAGUUAUGACAGCUACAGAUCCUACUGACAAUAAUAGGCCAUUGCAUACAAUGUUUCAAUUAAAACCGUCUAAAAAGUUGUAUCCAGAAUAUUAUGAUGUAAUCGAAACACCAGUGGAUUUAAAAACUGUUGCAAGAAAAAUUCAAGAAGGUGCAUAUAACGGAAUUGGAGAUAUGGAAAAGGAUUUAAUGUUAAUGUGUAGAAAUGCGUGUCAUUUUAAUGAGCCGGGUUCGCAAAUUUACAAGGAUGCUAAACUUUUAAAGAAAAUUAUUACAACAGCUGCAAAGAGACAAGAUACCGGAUUGGGAAAUAAUAGUAUAAAAAUUGCAAGUACAGCACCUUCAACGCGAAGUAAAAGAGGAAGUCGUACAAUGGCUCAAUCAUUGAUAGCACAAACAGCAUUAUUACCAGAUGAAGAUGAAGAAAGUGAUGACGAAGAAGAGGAAUCUCCAGAAACAGAAGAAGCAGAUAAUCCACAAUGGCAACUAUUUCAAACUAUUAGAACGGCUCCUAAUAAUCAAGGUGUUCGAAUGAGUGAAUAUUUUUGGAAAUUACCAUCGAAACGAUUAUAUCCUGAUUAUUAUAAGAUGAUUAAAAAUCCUAUAUCUCUAUUACAAAUUCGUACAAAAAUAAAGAAAGGCGAAUAUGGUACUGUAAGUGAAGUUGCGGGUGAUAUGAACAUAAUGUUUGAAAAUGCUAAGAAAUAUAAUAUUCAUACUUCUAGACUAUACAAGUGUGCUGUAAAAUUACAAAAAAUAAUGCAAGAAAAAGUACAAGAAUUAUUAGAGUUUGAUCAGGUAAAUGAAAGUUAUUAUAAGGAUUCAGAUUCAGAUAGCGAAUCUGAAAAUAGUUCGCAACAGCCAAAGCUUAUUAAACGAGCAUCUAAUCUUUUAACUCGGGGAAAAUACAAGGAUAAUAUACCAUUGAAAAAGCGUUUAUAUGCUUUAGUUAAAUGUGUCAUAGAAUACGUUUGCGAAGAUGGUGGUCGACAACCAAUGUUGAUGUUUAUGGAGAAACCUUCAAAAAAAUUAUAUCCAGAUUAUUAUCAAGUAAUAGCAGAACCUAUAGAUAUGUUAGCCAUUGAGGCUAAUAUAAAAGCAGAAAAGUAUCAAAAUGAAAAUGAAUUGAUUCAAGACUUUAAGUUAAUGUUUAAUAAUUGUCGUCAGUAUAAUGAGGAAGGUUCUUUAAUAUAUGAGGAUGCAAAUACAUUAGAAAAAGUUUUAAUGGAUAAGGUAAAAGAGUUAGGUCCUUUACCUGAAUUAAUUAAACCUAAAUCAACAGCUUCUACGCCUACUAGGAACGUUGGGAGACCAAAGAAGGUAGUACCGUUACAUUUACAAAAAUUACGAACUAUGUAUGACACUAUAAAAGAUUACCAUGAUGCAAAAGGGAGACAAUUGUCUCUUAUUUUUAUGAAACUGCCAAAUAAAAAUGAAUAUCCAGAUUAUUAUGAAGUUAUUAAACAACCAAUGAACAUGGAAAAAAUAGCAUCAAGUUUAAAAAAUAAUGGAUAUGAUAGUCUGGAUGAAUUGGUGUCAGAUUUUAUAUUAAUGUUUGAUAAUGCUUGCAAAUACAAUGAACCUGAUUCUCAAAUAUAUAAGGAUGCUUUAAUUCUCCAACGACUAGUAUUACAAACUAAAUUACAAUUGAGUGAAGACGAUGAAAGUGUACCGGACGUAUCUGCGGCGAUUCAAGAAAUAUUAGCUACGAUAUUUACAGCUCUUUAUAAUCAUCAAGAUGAAGAAGGAAGAUGUUAUUCAGAUUCUAUGGCCGAACUUCCAGAACAUGAUAUUAUAGAGGGAAAAAAAAUACGAGGUUUAUCGUUGGAUUUAAUUAAAAGAAGAUUAGAUAGAGGUGUUUAUAAAAGGUUGGAUCGAUUUCAAGAAGACGUAUUCAUAUGUUUAGAACGAGCACGAAGACUCUCACGUACAGAUUCUCAACCAUUUGAGGAUAGCGUUGAAUUACAAGCAUUUUUUCUUCGAACACGUGAUGAAAUAACACGCGGAGGAGAUUUGUUACAUUCCCCAUCAUUAAACUAUACACUUCUUGAUCUUUCUGCACAAGUAGCAGAAUUGAAACGUGUUAAACAUCAACAAGAAUUAACCAUGCCUAAUGAAGAUGAAAGUUGUGAUGGGAAUGAAACUAAAGAUUCUGAAACAAAUACCAAUACAGAGGGUAAUCAUAACGAUGGUGGAGGAUCUAUGAGUUUUAAUCAAGAAGUAUAUAGAGCUGGUGAUUUUGCUUAUAUAGAACCAACUGAAAGAGGGAUGGAAUAUAGCGUGGUAUUAAUAGAACGUCUUUGGACCAAUACAGAAGGACAACAAAUGUUAUAUGGGAAUUUAUUCUAUAGGCCGAGUGAAACCUAUCAUGUUGCAUCUAGAAAAUUUCUUGAUAAAGAAUUAUUUAAAAGCGAUGCUCAUGUUGCAGUGCCAUUAAUUAAAGUAGCAGGCAGAUGUUGUGUAUUAAGUGUAAAAGAUUAUUUUAGAAUGCAACCAGAAGGAUUUUUGGAAAAAGACGUAUAUGUAUGCGAAUCUAGGUAUUCUACAAAGGCAAGAGCUUUUAAAAAAAUCAAAGUAUGGAAUUUUGAUCCAGAUCAUUUAAAAUUAAUCCCACGAGAAAAGCCUUUAGAACCAAAACGUGUUAUUUCCGUGUAUAAAGAAAGAUUGGAAAAGCAUAAAGAAGAAAUUGCUGAAUUAGAAGAGGGAGAGAAAUUAACAGAAAAAGAAAGGCCUAAUGUGAUAUUAUACAAUCCAGAUGAUACUGAAAAUACAUAUUAUGAACAAUAUAAUACGUGUGCCGGAUCUGUAAAAACUGGAGAUUUUGUUUAUGUGGCAACAGAUGGUGGCAGACAACAAAUAGCUCAAGUUGAUGCAAUAUGGGCAACGAAAGAUGGAAAAUGUUAUUUUAAAGGUCCUUGGUUAUUAAUGCCAGGAGAAGUUCCACAUGCGCCUACUAAAUUAUUUUAUAAACAAGAAUUAUUCCUAUCUACAGUCGAUGGUACCCACCCUAUUGUUGCAAUUGUUGGAAAAUGUGCCGUCCUCGAUUAUGGAGAAUAUAUAUGCAGUCGACCAACAGAAAUUCCAGAAGAUGAUAUAUAUAUUUGUGAAUCUCUUUAUGAUGAAAGUAAAAAUUUAAUGAAGAAACUAAAUCAAGAAGGAUUAAAAAAAUUUAAUCAUAGUGCUACCGUUACAGAAGAUGAAAUUUAUUUCUUCCGGAGACCAAUUAAUCCUGCUAAAGUUCCGGGUGACGUGGCUCAGACGCAAAAUCAAGUCAAGUCCGUCACGCCCAGUUCAGCUCAGUUUGAAAUGGAAGCAUCGCCAUUGUUACCGAAGCUGGAACCUGAUGUACUAGGCAUGGGAGUAGGAUUAGGAGUGGGAGUAGGAGUAGGAGUUGGGGAGGACAGCAUGGAUGCUGGUGGUCCACCAUCCGUUGGAUCUACUGAAGCUCAACCGGUGCUCUCCAAUAUUCAGACACCUGUAUCAUCUAAAAAGAAAACGGCGGGUAAAAAAUUAGUUACGGGCUAUAUUUUAUAUUCAAGUAAAAUGCGAACGCAGAUUACGCAAAACAAUCCUGAGUCAUCCUUUGGAGAGAUUAGCAGAAUAGUUGGCAAUGAGUGGAGAAAAUUACCAGCAGGAGAGAAACAAGCUUGGGAAGAAAGAGCUAUUAAAAUGAAUGAAGAUGGAGGACAAUUAAAAGGAUCAUCUAUUACAGUUGGAUCAAAUGCUUUACAAGAUGUAGUAUAUGAAUGUUGUUGGGACAACUGUGAUUGGCAAUUUGAAGAUAUGACUGAUUGCAUUGAUCAUUGUAUCGCUGAACAAAAUGGACAUGUACAAUCAUCUUUUACAAAUGCUGCUCCUGAUGUUGAUUUUCAAUGUCAAUGGCGUGGUUGUGGUCGUACUAAAAAAUCUGUACCACCAUUUCCGAGUGUACAGAGACUUGCAAGACACGUUAAAGAGGUGCAUAUUCUUAAAGCAAAUGGACGUAUCAUCCCACCGUCCGAAAGGAGCAAAAACUACAUGGCUUCGAAAGGUCCUACGAUACUUCCACCAAUGGAAACAGAAACAUCGGCUGCAGCAACACAAACCAGUAAUAUACCAGCUACCAAACAGCCUGAACCAAUGUUCGUUGCUGUUCCUCCAAGACCGAGUAGAGUAUUACAUUCGGAUGCAUAUUUACGGUAUAUUGAAGGACUAAAUGUAGAAAACCGGUACAUAUCAAAUUGGGAUAAACAAAUGAAUGCUACUCCUGAAAAUACCCAAAUUCCUGAUAUAACAAAAUUACCUGCUGAAUGGUUGGGCAAUGGUGUGGGCAACCAUGGAAAUGUGGUGAAUGCCUUAUGGACACUCAGAAAUAUGAUGAUGCGGGAUGUGUUAGCUAUCAAUAAAACUUUAUAGUUUAUAAAUCGUUAAGAUCUGUAAUUUUUAACAACUCGAUGCUACCUUAACUACAGUUUAUAGAUCCGUCGAUGCUACCUUAACUACAGUUAAUAGGUCCGUCGAUGCUAGAUGAAAGACUGACAAGCGCGGAUGGUUUCAAUAAUACUAUAUUUAUGUAUUAUGAUUUCCUGAUUAAUUUUUUCAUUACUAUUUAAGAGUAUUUAAUUUUUCUUUUGAAAAUUUUAAAUAAUAUGUCUUAUUGCCAUAGCUAUAAAAUGAAAUUUUACACUUAUACAAAUAUUUUUAAUCUAUUAUGCAUUACCAUAGAAAUUUUUAUAUUAGGUAAUGCUUGGAUUAGCCAAAUGUACUUUUUUACACAGAGAUAAUAAGAUUUGACAAAUAUUUCUCUUUGCACUAUUUAAAACAAAAACAAGGGGCAUAGACUAUAGAGAACUUCCUAUAAAAAAAAAAAAAAGAAAAAAAAAAUAAUAUUUUAUGUAAAUAUUUUGCUAAGUUUUAUUUUUUACUUCUCAUGAAUAAGAUCUUGUAUUUUCUGUAUCACACGCUAUAAAACUACAACUUGAGAAGUA